AGUGUCCAUUGUUUAGGGAGGUGUGUCGUAGAACAGAAGCUCUCCCUUUGGUUUCCUCUCUCAUUCUCUGGUAACAAAAAGACCUCUAAGAAUAUAUGCAGAUUAUUUAGGGUGACCUUAUUUAUUGUCCAAGUUGGCACACUUUUGAGAGUAAAAGGGAGCAUUAUUAAUAAUAUACUAGGGCAACAGGCGCAAAACAGGUCACCCAAAUAUUAGACCAAAUGAUUUUCAUGCCGUAAAAAAUCUCUCAAUAUUGCUUUCUUCAUGGUAAGAACAGCUGUCUUUUCCUCCCUGUUCCUUUCUGGGCACACCAUUACCAUACCCAGAGUUGAGCUUUGUGAUCUCUGGCAUCCUUCUCAAUUAUUUUCUUUACACAUUUUUUUCUUCAUUGUGUUCGAUUUUGGAUAAAACAACAACAACAAAAACACAACACUUGUGUUCUUUAAGAAUUGUCCAAACAUUUCUUUAGUGGUGCAUUUGGGAGAGAGUAAACUAGGCAUAAAUUCAUGUAAUGUCUAGGGAAAGAUGUCCUUGGGAGCGAGCAGGUUGGGUCUGGCUGGGUCAGCAGAAUUGCAGGGUGUCUCUGUGGCAACCGGGACUUUUGGACCCACCAGUAAUUUAGAAUAUUUAGAGGCAAGGCAAGAGCACAGUAAGGGAAGAGAAGGGCCCAGCUAAUUUCUUAUUAGCUUUUCAGUGAACUGCUGUUCAACAUGAGAUUAGAACUGUUUCUCCUCUCAAUUUUUAAUCUCUGUUCCCAAAGUUCCUUACAAGGUACCAAGGGAAAUAAUGACUGAUUCAAGGCGCACUCCCACUUUGGCUCCUUCCCUCUUCUUUACACUAACUCUCAUGUCUCCCUCUGUUCCAUGAGAAGGAAGGAAAACUGCAAAGUUUCCAGAAAUUCUUGUCAUAGUGGAAAAAUGGGGGAAGAAUAGAUAAUGAAAGUAGAUAGAAAAUAGAAAAAUAGAUAAAAGAUAAUGAAAUUAUCAUAUAAUCAAAUUAUCAAGUGAUAAUUUGAUGUUUUAGCACCAUUUACGGGUGGUUGCCUUUGUUAGCCGAAGAACAUAAAAAUCAAAUCUAAGUUUGCUCAAAAAAAAAAAAAAAAAAUCUAAGUUUGCUCAAGGACCAUGUUUGCCCAUUCUAUCUAGACGGUGAGGUCCAGCGAAAACACAAAACAAAACUCUGGAGCAAUUUAGAGAAAAGAUAAUAAUUUUUUUUUUUCUUAAAAUAAAACAUUGUGGAGUAGGGCAGGGCAUAGGGUUACAGAAUUCCCCAGGAAACACUUUCAGGGGUGGGGCAGAGGGUGUGAGUGGCUAGUUUUGUCCCAGAGCUUUAAAAAAGUCCCACAGUGUUUGAAUGCCAGCCAUGGACCCAGGUCCUAAUUGCCCAGAAUCAAAAUAAAUCACGUCUAUUUGUGCGGCCUUGAAUCUGUGCUCGGGGCUACGCAUCUUCUUAAAGUGGCUUUUAUUCUUGAGCAGACACAUAAAAUUGCUCUGUAAAAUAUAGAGAAUAAUGGUGUAUUACCCCUGUGUUGUUCCCCACCCGCCUCCAGUUUAAGGAAGAGAACUCCCGUGCCCUCUCCAGCCACCAUCCUUUUCUUAACUCCCUGAGAAAUCUUUCUAGGAGCAGUGAGGAAGACAGAAGAACCGCUUGGGCUGGUAAAGCCAUCUGCCAGGCACUACUGCCACCAUGCCCAAAAGAAAGGCAAAAGGAGAUGCUAAAGGUGACAAAGCAAAGGUGAAGGAUGAGCCACAGAGGAGAUCGGCACGGUUGUCUGCUAAACCUGCCCCUCCAAAACCAGAGCCCAGGGCAAAAAAGGCCCCUGCAAAGAAGGGAGAGAAGCUGGCCAAAGGGAGAAAGGGGAAAGCAGAAGGCAACAAAGAUGGGAACAACCCUGCAAAAAACCGAGAUGCCUCCACAGCCCAGUCACAGAAAGCAGAAGGCACUGGGGAUGCCAAGUGAAGUAUACUUUUUUGAUAGCUCUGUACUUCUAAGUGACUGUACUGUUUGAAAUACUAUUUUUUUUAAAUCAAAUUUUGUAAAGACGUAGAUUUUUUUUUUUUAAAGUUAUGUUGUUAGCACACAAGACGCUUUGUUGUUAUCUUUUGUGGAAAGGGCAAAAUAACCACUAGUAGAAUGUUUCAGAAGCUGGAUUGAAAUGGGGGAAAACAGAAUUUUCUAUCCUCGUAUUUGAAGAUUAUUCUUGGUUCCCAGGAGAGAUUCUCCGACAUUCACACAUGACAGCCACUAUGGCUCAGAAGCCUUACCGUGUGGGGAAGCAAAACCUCAUGUCUUCUCCUUUCCUGAUGCCAUCAACACAUCCUUGACUUCCUGAAACCAAGAGUCAUGAUGCGGCCCUGGCACCCCUAGAAUCAGCUGCAUCAGGUAACAAUACUCAGGAUUUCUGGUGAUGACAUCAAGGUGGUGUUGCUCAAAAGAGCCAGGAUUCCUGUUUGUACUUUGUGGAUCAUCUCAUUAAUAAUCCUGGAGUUUUUAGUUCCUUUCCUCCGUGUCAGAGGUGACCUGUGAAAAGGUCUUAUAUGCCUCAUGUGAAAUAGUCACCCUUUCUGAAAAACUUUUCCUGUUCAUUGCAGCAACAGACUUUGUUGACUUUUUGGAGAGGGGAGUUUGAAAGUUAUAAGAUGUUAUGGAUUAUCACCCAUGUCCUGCUGGAAGUAACUUUUUUUUUUUUCUUUUUUGCGGUACUUGGGCCUCUCACUGUUGUGGCCUCUCCCGUUGCGGAGCAUAGGCUCCGGACGCGCAGGCUCAGCGGCCAUGGCUCACGGGCCCAGCCGCUCCACGGCAUGUGGGAUCUUCCCGGACCGGGGCAUGAACCCGUGUUCCCUGCAUCUGCAGGCGGACUCUCAACCACUGCGCCACCAAGGAAGCCCUGAAAGUAACUAUUUUUGAAAAGUAUCUUAUAAAGCUGGAUACAAGUUGGCUUCAUGGGAGGGGAGGGAUCAUUUCCUACUCCAAGUCAUAAAGAUAUCCUUUACUGCCUUGUAAAA